AUGUCUUUCGAUCAGUUAUCGUCAAUAGAAUCCGGCAGCGGGGCUGGCCGUCGCCAGAAUAAUGGCGCCUACUCGGAUGACCCGGAGUUCUCUCGAUUAUCCCAAGGCCUUAUGAACAAGCUGUUUCAUCUGCAGGGCAAUAUCUCCAAGCUUAAGUCGGAUAUCGGCCUCCUCGGUACUCGUCGGGAUAAUCCACGAUUGCGCGAGCGGGUCCACGCCGUAAUUGAAGAGUCUACGGAACAGUUCAAGGAGGUUGGUGAAGGCAUCAAGAAGAUUCAGACGUGGGAAGAACCUACUCCCACCCAGAAGUAUUCGCAACAGAAGUUGUCGCGCGAGUUCAAAGCUGCCCUCAGCGAAUUCCAAAACCUUCAACGUACCGCCCUCGAGAAACAACGAGCCUCUGUCAGCGCAGCCAAAGCGGCACUCGACCAUGAUGCAUCUGGCCAAGGUGCCCCGUUUGACGCCGCCGGCGAGCAAUUACAGCUUCAGCAGCAAGAACAGGUGCACCUAGCUCCUCAGGACGAAGUCGAUUUCCAAGAGGCCCUAAUUACCGAACGGGAGCAAGAGAUCCGCCAGAUAGAAGAAGGUGUUGGCGACCUCAACGUGCUGUUCCAGCAAGUAGCGCAAAUCGUCAGCGAGCAGGGCGAGGUGCUGGAAACGAUUGAGAGUAAUGCGGUUAACAUCCGCGACGAUACUCGCGGUGCCGACUAUGAGUUGAGAAGCGCUGCAAGAUAUCAGAAGAACGCUCGAAGCAAAGCAUGCUGCUUGCUACUAAUUCUAGCCGUAAUUAUGGCCAUCGUCCUUUUGGCUGUAUUCUUAGGAUAA